CGUGAUUCAUUUUUGUGUGUGACAUGCGCGAAAAAUCAGCUGUUGUAAUGUCAGUUUACUUUUGAUUGUCAAAAUGGGUAUCGAUAUUAAUCAUAAACAUGAUCGUAAGGUGCGAAGGACUGAGCCAAGAUCACAAGAUGUUUAUUUACGUCUUCUUGUCAAGCUCUAUCGCUUCUUGGCAAGACGAACAAAUUCAAAAUUCAAUAAAAUAAUUUUAAAACGUCUCUUUAUGAGUAAAAUUAAUCGUCCACCGAUUUCAUUAGCUCGUGUUGUUCGAUUUAUGAAGAAACCAGGCAGAGAAAAUUGUAUCGCUGUUAUUGUUGGUACUGUUACUGACGAUUCACGAAUUUUCGACGUUCCAAAGCUAACGGUAUGCGCUCUUCGCGUAACGGAAAAAGCAAGAGGCAGGAUCCUUAAAGCAGGAGGUGAAAUAAUAACAUUCGAUCAAUUGGCAUUGAGAGCACCAACUGGAUGUAAAACAGUUUUGAUGCAGGGUCGCCGUAAUGCACGCGAAGCAGUGAAACACUUUGGAGCAGCUCCUGGUGUUCCUCAUUCGCAUACAAAACCAUUUGUUCGUUCAAAGGGACGUAAAUUUGAAAGAGCAAGAGGCAGAAGAAAGAGUUGUGGCUACAAAAAGUAAAAUAGUUUACAAAAAAAAAAAUAAGCACAUCAACAACGACCAACAAAAAUUUACGUAUGUAUUUUUUUUUAUUAUUGUAAACAUUCAGAGAGGAAAAUAAAUAUUGAUUACCCACAUA